GCGCCUCUGCAGCGCAAGUAUCCCUUCUCCUCAAUCAUCGAAACAACAAACCGAACAGAGCAAGCGGGGUAAAGAGAGUCCAAAACCGCCUCUGACCGCCACUUUCAAACUCAUCUGAGAAAUAGCCAAGAAAAAAUACUACAGCAAGCAUCGAAAGCAUUUAAAAUUGGCUGAAGAUCGCAAGUAUUUUGGGCUUGAUAUCAACGACAGGGUCUCUCGCCUGGGGCGCCAUCUCAGUCGUCUGUUGUGGUUUAUGAGGAGUAGAAGUCCUUACUAAGUUGAGGUGGUCCAGAAGAUGUUAAAGAAAUGAUAGCAGCACCAGAAUUACAAGCAGAGUUCCACUAUCCUCAGGAAACUGACACGCACUUCUCCUCUGACACGGACUUCGAUGAUCCGGAUGGCAGGAAUUCGACCGGGGGGAAAGGGAAGACCGUCAAGAAGGGGAAGAAGGCUGCUGGCGAGAAGGGGAAGGGGGCAGCCUCGGGGAAGGCUGGAGGACUUGGUCGGAUUAACGGGCACCACCAGGAGAAUGGCAUGGAGAACAUGAUGCUGUUCGAGGUGGUGAAGCUUGGCAAGAGCGCCAUGCAGACUGUUGUUGAUGACUGGAUUGAGUCCUACAAGCAUGACCGUGACAUCGCACUCCUGGACUUAAUCAACUUCUUCAUCCAGUGUUCAGGUUGUAAAGGGGUGGUCAGCGGCGAAAUGUUCAGACACAUGCAAAACUCUGAAAUCAUCCGCAAGAUGACCGAGGAGUUUGACGAGGACAGCGGAGACUACCCCCUGACCAUAGCCGGACCUCAGUGGAAGAAGUUCAAGUCGAGUUUCUGCGAGUUCAUCGGGGUCCUGGUGCGGCAGUGCCAGUACAGCAUCAUCUACGACGAGUAUAUGAUGGACACGGUCAUCUCGCUGCUCACGGGGCUGUCCGACUCCCAGGUCCGAGCCUUCCGGCACACCAGCACCCUGGCAGCGAUGAAGCUCAUGACCGCUUUGGUGAAUGUUGCGCUGAACCUAAGCAUCAACAUGGAUAAUACUCAGCGUCAGUACGAGACCGAGAGGAACAAGAUCAUCGGCAAGAGAGCCAAUGACCGCCUGGAACUGCUACUGCAGAAACGCAAAGAGCUUCAAGAAAACCAGGAUGAAAUUGAAAACAUGAUGAAUGCAAUAUUCAAAGGCGUUUUCGUUCAUAGAUAUCGCGACGCGAUCGCAGAAAUCCGGGCGAUCUGCAUCGAGGAGAUUGGGGUGUGGAUGAAAAUGUACAGCGACGCCUUCCUCAAUGACAGCUACCUGAAGUACGUGGGGUGGACCAUGCACGACAAGCAAGGUGAGGUGAGGCUCAAGUGUCUCACUGCGCUCCAAGGCCUGUACUACAACCGCGAGCUCAACACCAAGCUGGAGCUCUUCACCAGCCGCUUCAAGGACCGCAUCGUCUCAAUGACACUGGACAAGGAAUACGAUGUCGCAGUUCAAGCAAUAAAACUUCUUACCCUGGUAUUACAUAGCAGCGAUGAAGUUCUCACAGCGGAAGACUGCGAGAGUGUCUACCACCUUGUGUACUCCGCACACCGGCCAGUAGCUGUGGCGGCAGGGGAGUUCCUCUAUAAAAAACUCUUCAGUCAGCGUGACCCUGAAGAGGAUGGGAUGCCCAAAAGGAGAGGCAGGCAGAGCCCCAACGCCAACCUGAUCAAAACUACAGUCUUCUUCUUUCUGGAGAGCGAGCUCCACGAGCACGCGGCCUACCUGGUGGACAGUAUGUGGGAGUGCGCGUCGGAGCUGCUGAAGGACUGGGAGUGCAUGAUCAGCCUGCUGCUGGACGAGCCGAUGCCCGGGGAGGAAGCGCUCUCGGACCGGCAGGAGACGGCCCUGAUCGAGAUCAUGCUGUGCACUGUCCGCCAAGCGGCAGAGUGCCACCCCCCUGUGGGCAGAGGGACCGGCAAGCGGGUUUUGACGGCGAAGGAAAAAAAAACCCAGCUGGAUGACCGGACUCGGAUAACUGAGCUCUUCUCCGUGGCUUUGCCUCCCCUGCUAGCCAAGUACUCGGUCGAUGCUGAGAAGGUGACCAAUCUUCUGCACCUUCCGCAGUAUUUUGACCUAGAAAUCUACACCACAGGGAGAUUAGAGAAGCACCUGGAGUCUUUGUUACGGCAAAUCAAGGAGAUUGUGGAGAAACACACCGAUACAGACGUGCUGGAGGCCUGCUCCAAGACCUACCACUCGCUCUGCAACGAGGAGUUCACCAUCUUCAACAGGGUGGACAUCGCCCGCAGUCAGCUGCUGGACGAGCUGGUGGACAAGUUCCACAGGCUGCUUGAAGACUUCCUGCAGGAGGGCGAGGAGCCAGAUGAAGACGAUGCGUACCAGGUCCUCUCCACACUCAAGAGGAUCACCGCUUUCCACAACGCGCACGACCUCUCCAAAUGGGACCUGUUCACCAGCAACUAUAAGUUACUGAACACGGGCAUCGAGAACGGGGACAUGCCCGAACAGAUUGUCAUCCACGCUCUGCAGUGCGCCCAUUACGUCAUACUCUGGCACCUGGCCAAGGUCUCGGAGGGCAACUCCAAAAAGGAGGAAAUGGUGACUCUUAGGAAGCAGAUGAGGGCUUUCAGUUUGAUGUGCCAGCGCUACCUAACAAAUGUCAACACCACUGUCAAAGAGCAGGCAUUCACCAUUCUCUGCGACAUGCUGAUGAUCUUCAGCCACCAGAUUGUCUCCGGGGGGCGUGACAUGCUGGAGCCACUGGUGUACACGCCGGACUCCUCCCUGCAGUCAGAGCUGCUGAGCUUCAUCCUGGACCACGUCUUCAUCGACCAGGACGAUGACUCCAACAGCGCAGAUGGCCAGCAGGACGAUGAAGCGGGGAAAAUCGAAGCUCUGCACAAGAGGAGAAACCUACUAGCAGCCUACUGUAAACUGAUCAUUUACAAUGUGGUGGAGAUCAACACUGGGGCCGACAUAUUUAAGCAAUACAUGAGGUAUUACAACGACUAUGGAGACAUUAUCAAGGAAACCAUGAGCAAAACGAGGCAGAUUGACAAGAUCCAGUGUGCAAAGACGCUCAUUUUGAGUUUGCAGCAGCUAUUUAAUGAGAUGCUGUCGGAUCUCGGGUACAACUUUGACCGCUCGUCCUCAUCCUUCUGCGGUAUUAAGGAGCUUGCUCGCCGUUUCUCGCUCACGUUCGGCCUGGACCAGCUCAAGACCCGAGAAGCCAUCGCCAUGUUACACAAGGACGGCAUUGAGUUUGCCUUCAAGGAGCCCAGUCCCCACGGAGAAGGACAUCCCCCUGUUAACCUGGCCUUCCUGGACAUCUUAAGCGAGUUCUCCUCCAAACUGAUGCGUCAGGACAAGCGCACUGUCCACAUGUACCUGGAGCGGUUCAUGACGUUCCAGAUGGCUCUGCAGAGGGAGGACUGCUGGCUCCCGCUCAUCUCCUACCGGAACUCCCUGCAGGCGGGCGGGGACGACGACACCAUGUCCGUGGUGAGCGGCAUCAGCAGCCGAGGCUCCAGCGUCCGGAGCAAGAAGGCCAAGCCGGCCACCGCCAAGCGGAAACUGGUGGAAGCCGAGGAGAGCAGCAGCAGCGGCGACAGCAUGUGGAUGAACCGCGAACAGGCCAUGCAGACCCCGGUCAUGAUGCCCUCGCCGCACCUCACCUCCACCGUCAUGAGGGACCCCAAGAGAAUACGGCCAGAGGAGACCUACAUGGGGGUGUACGCCCUGCCCCCCGAACCGCCUCAGCAGCCCCAGGGCCAGCAGCAGCACCCACACCCCCAGGCCCCCCAGUCCCACCACCAUCAAACACCCAUGGACUACAAUACCCAGGUCACCUGGAUGCUCGCCCAGAGACAGCAGGAGGAGGUGCGGCAGCAGCAGGAGCGAGCGGCUAUGAACUACGCCAAACUGAGGAGUAACCUGCAGCACGCCAUCCGCCGUGGAACCGGACUCAUGGAGGAUGACGAGGAGCCAAUUGUGGAAGAUGUGAUGAUGUCAUCCGAAGGCCGGAUCGAAGACCUCAAUGAGGGGAUGGACUUUGACACCAUGGAUAUUGACCUGCCCCCAUCAAAAAAUCGCAGAGAGAGAUCAGAGCUGAAGCCUGACUUUUUUGACCCGGCUUCAAUCAUGGAUGAGUCUGUCCUCGGAGUUUCCAUGUUCUAAGCUAAUGUUGGAAGGUGUAUGGAAAGAGGAUGUUUUUUUGUGUUGUUAAAAUAAACCUCUCGAUGCUGUGCAGGUGUGUUGUGUGGAGAAUAUUUCACACAUUCUAUGGACUAAAGUGCACCUGAGGCAGCAUUGCUUGCCCUACAAGGGGACUUGUUUAAACUAAAAAGAAAAAAGAAAAAAAGUACAAAAAAAAAAAAAUCUACUAAAACAUGCAAUCAUUGGGUAAGCUUUAUCUGUUUAGUUACACAGUGGCUGACCAGUUUUGAAAGCUAUGGAAUCUAGGGUUGUCUGCAGCCAUAUAUUUAAAUUUUGUUUUUAAAAAGUGAGGAUAAAUGUCAUCUAUUGUCAAAGGCAUCAUUAACAAUGAACUCCUGGGAUCUUUCGGAAUUGUGGUAUUUUCUAAAAAAUAAAAAAAUGAAAUAAAAAUAUAAAAAGGGGAUAAACUUUUUUUUUUGUAACUUAAAAAAAAAAAACUUUGUUUAAUGUAUAGCCCUUUGUAAUAGUAAUUAGGUGUAAAUUAGUUAUUUAUAAACAGGUUAUUGCUCAUCAUAGUUGCGUAUUGAAAUAUUUUAUUCUUCUGAUCUAUCUGAUGUGUGAAAAAUGGAGGAAAGUCUCCAGUUCUUUUUCUUUUGUGUUUUUGACAACCACCCCCAGCCCUCUCCCCCCACCCCACCCCACCCCACUGACUAUAUCGUGUAACUGAGGAAAUAGCCAGGCCCCGGAUGCAUGGUGGUCCCUGGGCGAGUUUCUGCAUUGAAUCACUGAAACACGGAAUCCCCAGUAGCUCUGAAGAUCUCAGCACGGUGCAGGAAACUGAGAAUGUCGGUACAUUGCAGUAGUCACAAAGCUUACCCAAAGAUUUGAACUGUUUGCCGGUCCUUUUCAGAGACUAAUAUUACGAAAGCCAGUGGAAACCUCUCCUGUAGUGCCACUGUAUUGUGUCUAAUUAAAGCAGAGCCUGGUAUAGUAUGUUUGCUGAAAAUAAUUUUCUCAAAACAGAUAUACAGCUUAUUAGAGUGUUGGAAUAGGUAUCUACCUUUUAAAUAAAGUUAUAUAUAAAUUGGUGCUGAUUUUAUAAUUGUGCAGUUAGUUUUUCUUACUUUCAAAUUCCGACCUAAAGUUGCAAGGUUCCAGAAAUGUAUAAGAAACUGUUUAAAAAAUGCAUGUGUAGUCAUGCAUCGAGAGAUUUUUAAAUUUGUAUUUUAUAUUGUUUUUUUUUUCUUUGUCUUUGCAAAGUCUUCAGGUUUCUAUAUCUUUUUUCCUAUGUGUAAAUGAGUUUCAAUAAGGUUCACAAAUGGAUACAUGAAAUUCAGCUUUAAGUUUUCCCAUAUUAAAAUGUCCUUUCACAAAUCCUGAUAUAAAAGCCUGUAAGAUACAGCCAAUCUUUAAACUCCUAUCGGGAAGUUAAUAUUACUCUGCAGUGCUUGGGCAGCUAGACAAAGCUUAAGUCUAACAUUAACUUAUAGUACAAAAUGUACAUUUUAAUGAAAUGUUUUGUCUAUUGAGGUAUAUUCUUUAUAAUCAUUCCAUGCCUUAGCCUUAACAUGCUUGUAAUACAGAACUUGUUUUCAUGCAGAAAUCUUCCGUAUAAGUAAAUUAAACAGUCAUGUUUAAAAGUUUAAUUAUUGGGCUGUUUCAGCCACUAAAAAAUAAAAUAAAACAAGUUGACGAGUGUAAUAUUGAGGAAAAAGUAGAUAAACGGCAUAUGUCUGUUUUUUGUUUCCUUUUUUUUUUUUACGUAAUUAAUUUACGUAAGUAAAUUCUAUCAUGCUUUGAAAAUAACUGUCUAGUGUUUCUGUCCCUCCCAACUGCAUUGACAGAAUUGCUGAAAGGACUGUGCACAUUUGUGCUUGUGUAUGUAUGUACAUACACACACGUGCACGCACAAACACACACACAUAUAUAAAUAUAUAUAUAUACAGUAUAUAUCUUAACCUUUUGUUUCUCUACCUUCUGUCGUCCAGUGUACUUUUUCUGAUUUGUAUUUAUGUCUGGAGACAGUAACUUUUUGAAUAAAAGUAAACCUUCCUCAA